ACAUUUUUGCCUAUCAUCCAAAUAUAGUGUUUAUCAAAAAUAUACUGUAUGCCAAAGAGACCAUUAUUUUAUUUAUUUGUUGGUUGAUUUACUCUUUUCGCUUGUCUAUCUAGUGGAAAUGAAGCAGGAAUCCGAUGUCAAUUUAGACCCUCCAUGGCUGUAUAAAUGGAGGUCGUAUGAUUUAUGGCUUGUUUGUUUGACACUUUCUUGCUGGGAUAUUUGUUCUUUUGCUAUCCGGCUAAUUAUUUCAAAGCAUCCGAGUGCUGUCUUGUUUAGUUUCCGCUGUCUGAUUGAACUGCUUACUACUAUCCCUUUCUUAGUCUCGGUCUGGAUACUUCAUGGACAAUAUCUUUAUGUGCCUUACUUUAUUCGAACAUGGGUCUUGCUGUUAAGAAUCAAGAGUGCCAUGAAAAUCAAAAUCAAUCUACAAAUCACAGACAAACCAGCAGAUCCUCUUCGAACGAAACUGAUACAUUUAGUCUGUACCUUGGUCGUGUUGUUGUAUAAUGGCACAUGCGCAUUUCAGUAUAUGGAAGUGACAUUUGGUGUCCAUAACUAUAGUAUUCUCGAGUCUUUAUAUGUGGUCAUGGUCACACUGUCCACUGUAGGUUAUGGUGACAUUACACCAAAUACACAAGGCAGUCGAAUUGUGAUGAUGUUAUUGAUUGUGAUUGCUUUGUCUGUACUUCCUGUACUGAUUAGUGAUGUUCUAGACACACUUCGAAAGAGAAAAGAUGGUGAAGGACAUGUUAGUAGAGGCACCCGUCCUUUUAUCUUGAUUGUAGGCUCGUUUAUGCUAGAUCAAGUCGUUGAAAUUCUAGAUGGUUUUCUGAACACAGAAAACACAGAAUAUCAUUUAAGCUUAGUGUUUUUGGAUAUCAAUCGUCCUACAGAACAACUCAAAAUGAUGGAAAGAAACUCUAUUUGGGGUCACCGAGUUCAAUUCCUUCAUGGCUCAGUCUUGGAUGAAAAGACAUUGCUGCGUAUUGAAGCAAGAUAUGCUCAAGCCAUAUUUACUAUUUCAGAUCAAAAUGCAUCAGAUCCUGCUAAAGAAGACGAGAGAAAUACAGUCCGAUUAUGGUCCCUUUAUUGUCACACUGUCACACACAAUGUCCCUAUUUAUACCUAUAAUCUGUCGCCCAGCACAGCCAUUUAUCAAAAAGUAGCGAAAGAAAUCAUUUGUGUACGCGAAUUCAAACAAUAUCUGUUGGCCAUGAACUGUCGAUGUCGUGGUGCAUCUACUCUUUUGACCAAUCUAUUGCAUCAACGACAACCGAUCAAUCGUUAUGAUGAAAGCUGGCAAGCACAGUUUGACGAUGGUUCUUGUAAUGAAAUCUAUACAAGUAAUACACCUAGAUGUGUACAAGGCCUCACGUUUGGUCAAGCAGUGAUGUAUAUUUAUGAAGAAACACAAGUCAUUUUAUUCGCUGUCAAGACAUUUAUGAAGGAACGCAAUGAUUAUGAAAUCUUGCUUAAUCCAAGUAAUUCUUAUGAAAUGAAGACAUUGGACGAAUGCGUCUAUAUUGCUGAAGGACCCAAAGAAGUGCAAGAUAUUCAUAAUCUAAAUAAACCUGGAUUUGGGUUCAUUGAGUCGUAUAAUAAAAGCGUCCAUAAGGCAAAAGAACAAGAUAGCCAUUUGCCUUCUUCCUCGCAUCAAAAGACACAAGCCUUUUUAGCUUCUAGCUUCAAUCGACAGUCCAGGUCAUCCUCUUCUUCUUCUUCAAGCUCUUCUCACAAAAGUAAAGUAGCCAAACAACCCUUCUCUGUCUCGAAACUGCCUUCAAGACGCCAUGCUCUUUUGACAGGCAGUCGUGCAUUGAUCACACGUAUUGGCAAGACAUCGUAUGAAAAAGAAAUCGUAGAUGAUACUUCACUGCCUCUUUGUUGUCUGUUGGAAAAGCCCGUUAAACUCGAAGAUGUCACUAUUCAAUCAGCAGAAGGCAUGCAUAACCAUAUUCUUGUCUGUCUUCAUCGAGAAGUGGUCAAUAUGUUUAAGUUUAUCUAUAAUUUGCGAUCACCUAAUAUCAAGAUGAACGAGUUGCAAGAUAUUGUUCUUUUGUGUUCAAAGAAGCCUUCGAGCAAGAUAUUUGAAUUGAUCAGUACAUUUCCCAAAGUGUAUUUCAUGCAAGGAAAUUGUAGGCAUCCUGAUGAUUUAUUAAGAGCAGGCGCAAAAAGAGCAAAACAAGUGGUUGUCAUGAGUGAAAAAGAAUGCUUGGAUCAGUAUGAACGUAAUUCAGAUAGUCCAGCCGUAAUGACAAGCCAUAUUCUGGAUCUCUUGUUACAGGAAAGACCAAAAGAUGCUUAUACCAUUGUCAACCUAAUUGAAAAAUCCAAUAUUCGAUUUAUGCAUUUACUUCAAGGAAAAGACGUAGCAGAAGAAAUUGAUGUGUUCUAUACACCUGCUUAUGCAGCAGGCGAUGUGAUUGCAGACAGUCUGAUCAACUCUCUGUGGUAUGCCUGGCCCUCUGUACGAUGGCUCCGCUGCUUAUUUACUCUCUACAACACCUGAGAUCAAGACAGCCACCGCGGCUGCUCGUCUCGCGCCUCAUUUGACUAGUAUCCCUAUGCCCUCUGAAUUCGUGGGACGCAGCUAUUCUGUCCUGUUCAAGACUUUAUUGACGCGUUAUGAAGUCUUGGCCAUUGGCUUAU